ACAUCAGUACCUGAACUGCGUUUGAAAGCAGGACGUGUAUGAUACCUGCUUCCGAGUAAUCCUAUUCUCCUGCAGUGGCCUGGGACGUUGUAACUUUUCGCCAUGCACAUCAAAGAGAAGCUCGCUCAAAAUGAAGCGGCCGGAAGGACGGGCAUUUCCUUCGAGUUCUUCCCCCCGAAGACGGCCCAAGGUGUUCAGAAUCUUUACGACAGAAUGGAUCGCAUGCACGCAUUAGGUCCUUCUUUCAUUGAUAUCACGUGGGGGGCUGGCGGCCGACUAUCGGACCUGACCUGCGAGAUGGUCAACGUUGCCCAGUCGGUGUAUGGCUUGGAGACAUGCAUGCAUCUGACUUGCACGGACAUGCCCCAAGAGAAGGUGGACGCCGCACUCCAGGCUGCCUACAAAGCAGGCUGCACCAACAUUUUGGCUCUCCGUGGAGAUCCUCCGCGUGACAAGGAGGCUUGGGAAGCUGCAGAUGGAGGAUUCCGUUAUGCGAAAGACUUGGUCAAGUACAUUAGGAGCAAGUAUGGAAACCACUUCGAUAUUGGUGUGGGAGGCUAUCCGGAAGGUGCGGAUGACAACCCGGAUGUGGAGCAGUUGAUCGACCACCUGAAAGAGAAGGUUGAUGCUGGAGCAUCGUUUGUCAUUACGCAGAUGUUUUACGACACGGACAACUUCAUCGGCUGGGUCAAGAAGUGCAGGGACAGGGGCAUCCAUGUGCCCAUUAUUCCUGGUAUUAUGCCGAUUCAAACCUACGCUGCGUUCAUCCGACGAUCGGACUGGACCAAAACUCGGAUUCCCCCGGACUGGCUCGAGGCACUGGAACCUGUGAAGAACGACGACGCUGCUGUAAGGGACAUUGGAAAGCGGCUGAUUGCAGACAUGUGUAGGAGGCUCAUUGCGGCUGGUAUCAACCACCUGCACUUUUACACAAUGAACCUUGCGCAGUCCACACAGCUGGUCCUUGACGAACUCAACCUCAUGCCUUCCGAAGAGACACCGCUUCAGAGAGCUCUGCCUUGGAGGCCAUCACUUGGCUUGAACCGCAGAGCCGAGGAUGUUCGCCCGAUCUUCUGGAGGAACCGGAACUCGUCCUACAUCGCCCGUACACAGACCUGGGAUGAAUUCCCGAACGGUCGCUGGACCGAUUCUCGUUCUCCUGCUUUCGGCGAACUUGACAGCUAUGGCAUCGGCCUCAAGGGUACAAACGAGCAGAACAUCAAGCUGUGGGGAGAGCCCAGAUCCCUUCGGGAUCUUACUCAUAUCUUUGUCAAUUUCCUCGAAGGAAAGCUGGCCCGGUUGCCCUGGAGCGACACUCCUAUCACUACCGAAGCCAACGCGAUCAAGACCAGUCUCAUUGACCUGAACCAGAAGGGUCUCUUCACAAUCAACUCCCAGCCGGCAGUGAACGGUGUCAAGUCUUCCCAUCCCGUGUAUGGAUGGGGACCGAAGAAUGGAUAUGUUUACCAGAAGGCAUAUCUCGAACUCUUGGUCCCGCCCUACCUGAUCGACGAGCUGAUCGCUCGCAUCGAGAAGAAUGGUGACCUUACGUACCAUGCUGUCUCGAAGACGGGUGAACUGCGCACCAACACCCGCGACAGCCCCAAUGCCCUGACCUGGGGUAUCUUCGCUGGAAGAGAGAUCGUCCAGCCCACAAUCGUGGAAACUGUCAGUUUCUUGGCUUGGAAGGACGAGGCGUACCGUCUGGGUGAUGACUGGGCCAAAUGCCAUGAUGCCUCCAGCCCCAGCAGAAAGUUGAUCCAGGGCGUGAUGGACAACUGGCACCUUGUCAACAUUGUCAACAACGACUUCCACAACACCAGCAACCUCUUUGAUCUAUUCAAGGACCUGGAUGUCCGAGAACUUGAUACUGAAAUCCCCGUCGAGAACGGUGAGCCGAAAGCUCACACGAACGGAGCAACAAACGGAACGACCAAUGGCGCGACUGACGGAGCAGCUCCGGAACUUGCAGUGAAAAACUAGAUGUGGCUCCUGCAGCCCCCGUGGGGACAGUCCGCCAUUUACUAUAUGCCUUUCUUCAACCUCACUUACGACUUCCUAAUUCAACAUAUAUUAUUAAUUCAACAUCUCAACC